GAGAUGGCAGGUGUAGUCAGGGUGACGUUUUUAUUCGUCUACAUUCUCAAGCGAUUGUUUGUAUUUCGAAUAGUAAGCAAAUUUCUUGGAAGCUACGGUAUAGAUUGAAGACAUCAGCUGUUAUUCAAUUAAGGUCUUGCAGCAGGAAAGAUGGAUGAUGAUUCAUUUGAAAUCAAAGAAGAGGAGAUUGACAAGCUCUCCACAAACAUCAAACAAGAGGAUGAUGCAGGUUCCAGAAAGAAAAGCCUUGUUGAAUGGAAGAAGGAACACCACAUCGCAUUUUUGGGAAAAGGAGUUUUCAAUGUCGGGAAGAAAGCUGGUGUUUCCAAAAUGGGUAAGGAGGAGGAGGAGCCUUUGGACAUUGAGGGAGAAUUGGCCCAAGUCAUAAGGAUCUGCUGAAAAUGAGAGGAGGUUGUGGAAGAUCAAGAGAAUUAUUGUACAGAUUCCCAGGAUCACAGUUGUGGUGGCCUCUCUUGUGCAGUGGAAGGUACUAAAGAGACCCGUGUUGCAAGAUAUAAAAUGGAAAAGACUUUUACUUGUGAUAUUUGUAGCAAAAACUUUGGUCGAAAGGAAAAUAUUGUUAUGCACAUGAGGAUACACACGGAGAAGCCCUAUGACUGUAAUAAAUGUGAGAAGAAGUUUCCGCACAUUGGUGAUUUAAUAAGGCAUAAGAGGGUGCACACAGGAGAAAAGCCAUAUGUAUGUGAUGUAUGUGGAACUGGUUAUACAAAUAUAAGCACUUGGAAAAGGCACCAGAGAAUACACACUGGUGAGAAGCCAUUUACUUGUGAUGUGUGUGGCAAGGAAUUUAGACACAAGAGCACACUGAGUAAACACAUAACUAUACACACAGGGGAAAAGAAGUAUGAGUGUGAUAUAUGUAAAAGAAGGUUUCGAGAAAAAUCUAGCAUAGUAAAACACAUGAGAAUUCAUACUAGACAAUAGGAUAGAAGCUGUGAAUUUUUAGUAACAAUUUCAACAGCUGUUGUGAUCUGGAAAAAGCACAUGAGGAUUGAUACAAAAGAAAAGCUUUAUAAUUGUUCCAAGUGUGAAAAGAAAUUCUCUUAAAAUGCAUUACAUAUACAUUGUUUGGUAUAGGACAGUAGAAAAGAUAGUCUGUUCCUUUACUGAAUACUUUAUUUUUUAACAAAGAACGAAGUGCACACAAAACUCAUUUAGUUGCUCUAUAUGCAUUAAGAAACUCUCAAUAAAGCAAGCCAUGUGAGAGGAUAUAAAACAGAAAAAUCAGAAUUCAUUAUCAGAAGCAAUAAUGAUACAAACUUAUUUUACGUUUAGAAAUGUAUAUUGCAAAACACUUAUGGCACAUUAUUUGAUGAAUUAGUGGGAAGGUGUCUGAUUUCUUUUAUUACAUACGCUAUUAAAGUUAACGUUAAUUUGUAUAAGAAAUGGUCCCUAUGUUUUUUCUUUACACAUACAUAUUCAUGCACACA